GUACAUUUGAUUGGUUUUAGAGGGUUGGAAUUCUUUAGAUUGUCAUAGUCAACGCUUUAGAUCUCAGGUUUGUUUCGCUGAUCUGUUAGGCUUGGGGAAAUGGCAACCGAUGAACCAGAGCAUCCUACUCUCUCUUCCAUCGGACAGCAAGGGAUGCCGUGGGGUGGCGUGCAAGAGCCUCUUCUCCAUGGCCAACAACGACAAGUGGAGAAUUAUUCCGUUCUUGCAUCUAUACUGCCGUUUCUGUUCCCCGCUCUUGGAGGAUUACUCUAUGGUUAUGAUAUUGGUGCUACGUCAUGUGCCGCAAUUUGUAUAGAGUCUGCCACAUCAAGUGGAAUUUCAUGGUAUGACUUGUCAUCUGUGGAAGUUGGUCUCAUAACUAGUUGCUCACUGUAUGGUGCUUUAAUUGGUUCUCUCCUGGCCUUUAAUGUGGCAGAUUUCAUAGGACGAAGAAGGGAAUUGAUUCUGUCUUCAAUACUAUAUCUUAUUGGAGCAGCAAUAACAGCAUUUGCCCCCAUCUAUGCCAUAUUGGUGAUUGGACGUUUUAUCUAUGGUGUAGGAAUUGGGUUGGCAAUGCAUGCUGCUCCAAUGUACAUUGCGGAGACAUCACCCAGCCAGAUACGAGGGCUGCUUAUUUCUCUUAAAGAAUUCCUCAUAGUCUUUGGAAUGCUGUUAGGCUAUACAGUUGGCAGCCUUCUGGUGGAAGUGGUUUCUGGUUGGAGGUAUAUGUAUGGAAUUAGCGUUCCAUUAUCAAUUUUUAUGGGAAUUGGAAUGUGGUGGCUUCCUGCAUCACCUAGAUGGAUUCUUUUAUGUGCGAUUCAAGGAAAGGGUGAUAUGCAGGGUCUACGAGAGACAGCUGUAAAUUGCUUAUGCAGGGUGAGGAGUAAAGCAGUUAAUGAGUCAGCAUAUGAGCAAGUGGAUGAGAUUCUGUCCGAGCUUUCUAAUCUUAGUGAAGAAAGAGAGGCUACAUUUGGAGAAAUCUUCCAAGGAAAGUGCUUGAAAGCCCUAAUAAUAGGUGCAGGACUAAUCCUGUUCCAACAGAUUGCCGGGCAGCCUACUGUUCUUUAUUAUGCAGCAAAAAUCUUUCAGGAUGUGGGAUUUGCUGCAGCAGCUGAUGCCACAAGGGCCUCCAUCUUUCUUGGAUUGCUGAAGCUGAUUAUGACAGGUGUGGCAGUUGUAGCUGUCGAUAGACUUGGGAGAAGACCUCUCCUGCUUGGAGGUAUCUCUGGUAUUGUAGUAGCAUUGUUUCUUCUUGGAUCGUAUUACACCUUUCUCAGUGACGUGCCACCGGUUGCUGUCAGUUCUCUGCUAUUGUAUGUUGGAUGUUACCAGAUAUCAUUUGGUCCAAUGGGGUGGUUGAUGAUUUCAGAGAUCUUUCCCUUGCGAGUCAGAGGAAGGGGUUUAGGCAUUGCAGUUCUUGUGAAUUUUGGGGUUAAUGCUCUGGUGACCUUUGCAUUUUCUCCUAUGGAGGAACUGGUUGGAGCUGGAAACGUGUUUUUCAUAUUUGGUGCCAUAGCCAUCGCAGCUGUCAUUUUCGUCUACUUCAUUGUACCCGAGACGAAGGGGCUAACACUGGAGGAGAUCGAGGCCAAAUUCCUCUGAUGUCUCAUUCUCUAGUUCUUCUGAGCGGAUUCUUUGUCAUUAAGUGAAAUGCAUUUGGGUAUCAUUGGACUGGCAUUCCCCUAAAUUUUCAUUAACAGCAGAGAAUGGCACGAUCUACCUGACACAUUUUCUUCCCGAAAGUUUGGGAUGCUUCUGCAACUAUAUGUAAAUUUCCAUAUUUAUCCUUGUAAAGAAUAUUCCAAAUAUCUUGUAAAUCUUUGGAUAUUUUAUCCAAGUUACUAAAAAAUUUAGAAGAAUUCAGCAUUUGGAUGGUUCUUCGAUUGAUGAUGCAGCAGGCAUUUAUUUA